UUCAUUUUGGCCAGCCUGACAGCUCCUCAUCUGGAUCUUGGAAUUUGGCGUGUGUAGUGGUCCCCCCAUCGCCUGCCCCGUUGGACCGGAGAACUUGACGAGGCCCCCAGGCUCGACCCGCGCCUACCCGGAACAACAUGUGAUAAAUCCCCCCCCCCUCCUUGAAAUCCCAAGGCCAGACUUGAACUGGGAACUCGACGCUCUUUCUCCCCGCUUCCGCUGGCUCUAGCAUGUUCAGUUGGCCCUCAUUAAAUGGUGGAACCGGGCCUGCGGCCUCCACCUCCACCCCCGGCUCCAAUGGGCCCCUCAAGCCCGGUUCUUGGCUCUGGACCGAUCCCGUGACUUGGGACCACAGUGGCGACCGGCAAUCGCCCUUUUUGCUCGGGGUUUGGGAGGGCUAUGAUGCGAACGAAAACGAUCCCAAUCGAUUCGUGGAUAACUUGGUUUCCAAAUUACUCGAGGCCGAGAGCGAUCCUUUGGAGCAUAUUCAGGAGGCAGCCUCCGCCUCUCUAUUCGGUUUGAGUCGACCCCUGGGGUCACUGACCCCGCCCGAGCGAACCCAAUCGUUGGUCCGUGCCCCCUCUGUGAUAUCGGAUCCCCCCAAAUUGGGUCUGGACAACUUAGUGGGUCAGCCAAGCCACAUCCGACCGUCUGAGAGUCCGACCAGUCGUUAUCGGCGCCUGUCCGCACUCAGAGACGAGGAUUUGGUCGGGGAUCGGAGCCAUGAAGGUAGCCAGACCCCAUGGCUACCACUGACACCCUCAUCCAUCCCACGGCAGCGACACUCGCCCAAUCCUUUGAGCAGUCCGGGCGAAUCGGUCGACCCGCAGGUUAAUGGCGAGUCAUCGCCGCCGUUGGAACAUUUAUUGGGCCAGUUGAGCAGCUUGCCCAAGGAGCAGUUUCUAGCCAUUUUCAAGAAUCUCUUGGACAACUACAAUAAUGACGCACCUACGCCCCCUGCUUUGGUCACCAACGACCCGCCAAUCAACCCCAUGGCCAAUGGAAACCCCGUAUUUGAGAGUCUAUCCGGUGGUAUGAGACACGCCUUCCGACCCGAGGCGCGAAACGUCAAGACCACCCUCUUCAAUAGUCCACCUCCAACCACAUCUCACGGCUUAAAUAACACCCCUCAGGCCAAUCUAAACCACGCGAACAAAAAUAAGAGCACCAAUUACAACAAUAACAACAACAAUCCGAUGCCAAUAUUGCCCAUCAACACCAAGGUCCCUCCCCCGAACAUGCAACACCCGCCCCCGGUGCCACCCACCUCGAAUGGUUCCUCUCAUUUGCUUCACCCUCACCACCUUCAACCACCGCAUCAUCGUCAUCUGUCUGUGGAUUCGGCCCCCGAUUUGCCGCUCCUCCCUCCGGUUGAAUAUUUUCGGAACAUGCCACCCCCCACGGCGGCUCCAUUAAACUUGCCGUUUGCCUCCGAAAUGGAUGGCUUCAGUGACCCACCCAUGGGUGGCCUUGGCACUAAAAGCUUGCCACCCUUCCUGCCUCCACAUCACCCCCCGCCAUUCAUGGGUUUCCCACCCCCUGUCCCGCCCAGUGGCGGCUCCAGUGCUUCGGGUGGAUUCCAUUCCAAUGGGUCAAACAAGUCAGUCAAGCCGGUUCGGUCUGGACCGGCCAAUGAGCUUCACUUCCGCUUAGAGGAGUGCUAUGAUCAAUUCAAGCAACUCGAAAAAGAGCGGAAGAAGACCGAAGCGGAUUUGGCCCGGCAUUUCCCGGGCAAGAAAGUGAGCUCCUCGAAUGCAACGCCUAUCCCCAGACUCCCGCCCAAUCCCAGUCGGGUGGAUCGACUCAUCUUGGACCACAUGCGAGAACAUGCCCGCGUCAAGACCUUGUUUCUUAAGAUGGAAAGGUUGAGAAAUGACAAACCCUUGAGUGGUCGGAUCCAUCAGUCGUUGACCUUUUGGAUGGAUGCCAUUUGCGUGGUCCAAGCCAAACGGCGAGAAGAGAUCGUCAAUUCGGCCGGACUCAACAACGGCUCGUUUGGUUCGAUCAGUUCCUUCAAUACCCUGAUCAAUCGCAGCGGCCCCCCGGCUUACAACUUUAAUGGGCCCCUAAAUGGGAUCAUAAGACCCGUGGAUGACAAAGAUAUCUUGGCGUUGGCUGAGGGCAUUCGAAAUCUCACCCUCGCGUCCCAAAGAAGCCGAACAUCGUUGUGGAGUGCCCUCCAAGUCACCAUCUUGUUCUCACUGGACCCUGAAUUGGCAUCGGGUGAGGCUCCUCUUUCGGAUGACUCUCUGCUAGAGGAGUUCGAUCCAAAUCAAUUCCAUGAUCUAAUUAAUGACGAAGAAGAAACAGACUCCGAAGAAGAGCCUCAAGAGCCUGAAGGUAAAAAAUGAUGGUGUAACUCUGCUUUACUAGCAUUGUGGUAGAAUUUCCCCCACCGUCAUCCAUCUCCUACGCCCGAUUAACAACCCACUUCAAGCCCUCCGUUGUAACAGAUGACAUAGGAAAUUAGCGAUUGUUUUCGUCGAUUCAAGUCAUUUUAUGCUGUGUUAUCAUUACCCAUUUGUGCAACCGAUGGGCAGUAGAGACUAUAAGAUAGGGAUGAAGAAGGCUAGAACAAGAAGCUUUUCACCCUCUCCUUUGCUAAAAGUUAAAAAUCCAACCCUCUAUCAUUGAAACUCCUCCCUGAAAAAGGAGAUCCUCCACUUCUUCUGUGUUAUACGUUCCUUGGGAAAUGUGCGGGUUUCUUUGUCCGGACAAAGCCGCAUAUUUGCUCACCCCUGUCAAAUCACGUCAUGAAAUGGUUUAGUCAAAUCCAUCCCUUAAAACAAAAACAAAAAUGUAAAAUUCACUCUGUUUGUGCAUCACGAUGAUGAUUGAUUACCAAAAAAAAAAAGAAGAAUAUUGAUAGAUUGAUAUAUUAUGUUUGCCUUAACGACCGCCCUAUUUGUCCCAAUUGUCAAAAUGCCAUCCGUCAUCUAUGAAUACCUACUUUAUCUGGAAAUUUAGAUAUCAAAUUAGUCGUGUGUGUUUGUCCCAGCCAAUGAAUCCUUUCCCUUAAUGCAAUGAAGAAUAAGAACAAAGAAAAAGAAAUUAAUGACUAACAUGAUGCUGUUGUACUGCAUAAUACGUAUAUUGUUGCUCUUUCUCCAUGAGAUAUGCUUGUUGUUUGGAAAUUCCAAUCUUGUUUGUGUUUAAAUUUGACAUGCUUUAACUCUGUUGUAAAAUUCAUCCCGAUAUGUCUGUCUCUGAACUUCACUAUGAUUACUUUGCAUUAAUAUUUACACUAUUCUCUUGCUCCAAAAACUUGUGUUCUUAUCUGGCUUUGAUUCAUCCCGCCAAAAUCCAAAAUGCAAAUUCAUUCUCACUUCCCCGACAUCAAGGCGUUUUUUGUCUUCAUUUUUUUGUCUUCUGCUUUAUGAAAUCAUCAAUAUUUUAAGUACUCGUACUUUUUCCUAACAACCUAAAAUAAAGACAAUCCCAGCUGUG